AUGAAAUUAACACCAAAGCACGAUGUUGAGCACUUCAUCGAAACCAAUGGAACACCACUUCAUUGCCGUGCACGUCCAAUCGCACCAAACCGAUACGAGCAAGUUCGAAAGGAAUUCGAAAAAAUGAUCGAGCAAGGAAUAUGCCGUUCAAGCAAAAGCCCUUGGUCAUCACUAUUUCACGUUGUACCGAAGAAGAAUGGAGAAUUACGAGUCUGUAGAGAUUACAGAAGACUGAAUUCUAUUACCACUCCUGACCGCUACCCAAUACCGCGAGUCAAGGAUUUCACUCAUCAACUGUCAGACAAGACUAUAUUCUCCACCAUCGAUCUCAACCGAGCUUACCAACAAAUAAAAGUACGCGAUGAUGACAUAGAGAAGACAGCAAUAAUUACCUCAAUGGGAUUAUUCGAAUUUCCAAGAAUGACCCCAGGACUGAAGAACGCUGGUCAAACCUUUCAAAGAUUCAUACACGAAGUACUUCAUGGACUGGAUUUCGUUUUCGCAUUCAUUGAUGAUCUCCUUGUUGCAAGCCCUGAUAAAGUAACGCACGAAACCCAUCUACGCACCGUGCUACAGCGAUUAGAAGACAAUGGAAUCACAAUCAACCCUUCGAAAUGCAUAUUUGGACAACAAGAAGUUCAAUUUCUUGGUUUUACCGUCAUCAAGGAAGGAAUCAAACCAUAUACUGAAAAAAUCAGAGCAAUCAUCGCUUAUGCAAAACCUAAAACAAUCGAAGAACUAAGGCGAUUCCUUGGGAUGAUAAAUUUCUACAGAAAAUACAUACCUAAAGCCGCUGAAAUCCAAGCACCACUUCACGCCUGCCUUCACAACACGAAGAAAAAAGAUAAAACGUCAAUCAGGUGGAACGAUGAAGCCACGAAGGCAUGA